CACUCCUCUAGUGAGAGCCCUCCCUUUAACAAAGCCAUUCUUCUGGUGAAAAGCGAGCUCACCCUCGCUUUCAAGGCAUGGACCUCAAGGUAGACCAUUGUAUGAGAUAAUGGAUCGGCGUCGAUUCAUGUGAUAAUUCUCAGGUAUUAGAGGUCGACAAAUUCGCCAUGAUGGAGUGUUGUGAUCUCCCUGCUCGUCAUCUUCGAUUGCUCGAUCCCCUCUUUGAGUACCCAUCAACAAUUCUCGGUAGAGGAAAGGCCAUUGUGGUUAACCUGGAGCAAAUUCGAUGGAUAAUAACAGCUGAUGAAGUUCUUCUUCUCAAUUCUUUCGACGAUGACGCUUUGCAAUAUGUACGAGAGUUGCAGAGGAAAUUAACUAUGAGGAAUGAUAUGGGGGUUGGGGUUUUGCGGGCGCCAAGUGGUGAGGAUUUGGUGAGAAGAAAAGGGAGCAUGAAUUUUGAUGAUGUUCUUGGGAGUAGAUCUUGUGAUAAUUGUUAGAAAUUGUAUUUCUGUACAAUUGGGCUUUAAUCUUUUGAUAGAAAUUGUAUUUCUGUACAAUUGGGCUUUAAUCUUUUGAUAGAAAUUGUAUUUCUGUAUAAUCGUGCCUUAAGCACCGAUAGAAGUACACCAAAAUUUUCCUCCUUCAUGAAGUAUCCCGGGUUCAAUUCCAAUGAACCAACUUUUUAAUUACCCAAAAAUUCUCAUAGAAAAUUUAAUUAUCAAAAGAUAAUUCAUCGAAAAUUAUAAUUCAAGCAUUGGAAAGGCUUUUCAUUGAUUGUCUUGGCUUUAACAUUAUGAUUGUUAAAAAAAAAAAAGGGAUUUUAUGCACUAAAAAUUAGUGCCUAUUAUAAUAAAUUAUCUAAAUUACCAUCAUUUUCCAGUGCCGAAAGUGCUUUUUAGACGAAGGAUUUUGAGGUGAGGCUUUAUUUUGUUUUCAUAAAGCCUAGUCGUUAUAUAGAAACUUCAUUCCGACAUAAAUUUCCCCCGCUCUAGAUUGAACUCAACAUGACUUCUCCCACACUCCCAAAGCCAUCCUCUUCCUGGGAGCGAGUUUGGGCCCUCCUUCAAGGCAUGGACCUCAAGGUAGGCCAUGGUAUGAGAUCAUGGACCAGAGUCGAUUCAUAUGGUGAUUCUCAGGUAUUAGAGGUCGACAAAUUCACCAUGAUGGAGCGUUGUGAUCUCCCUGCUCGUGAUCUUCGAAUGCUUGAUCCCCUCUUAGAUUACCCGCCAACAAUUCGUUGUAGAGAGAAGGCCAUUUUGGUUAACCUGGAGCAUACUCGAUGUAUAAUAACAGCUGAUGAAGUUCUUCUUCUCAGUUCUUCGGAUAAGUAUGUUUUGGAAUAUGUCCAAGAGUUGCAGAGGACAUUAACUAUGAGGAAUGAUAUGGGGGUUGGGGAUUUCCCCACACCAAGUGGUGGGGAUUUGGUGAGAAGAGAAGGGAGCAUGAAUAUUGAUGAUUUUCUGGGGAAUAGAUCUCGUGAUAAUUGGCCAUUUGAGUUUAGGGCUCUUGAGGUUGGUUUGGAAGCUGCUUGCACUUUUCUUCAUGCCCAGGCAACAGAGCUAGAGAUAGUAGCAUACCCUUUGUUAGACAAGGUGACCUCAAAUAUCAAUACCCUAAACGUGAAACUUGUACGCCAAUUGAAAAGCAGACUGGUUCCCUUGACUCGUAAAGUUCAGAAGGUUCGAGAUGAGAUUGAACAGCUUAUGGAUAAUGAUCGUGAUAUGGCUGAAAUGCAACUCACAAAGAAGAAAAGCAGGAUGGAAGCAACACAAAAUGGGGGUGGCUUAGCCAUGACAGGGUAUGGUACACCACUUGGGGAGGCUUUGGUUUCAGUUCCUGCUUCCCCUGUUUCAACCACCGAGACACCAGAGCUUGCGAAGAGCUUCAGCCUACUGCAGCGCAGGCAUGGUGGCAUAAAGAGGUGGGAUAGCAGCACAAAGAAUACACAGGUGUUGGAAGUGCUUUUGGAAGCUUACUUUGUUAACAUUGAUAGUAUCCUCAACAAAUUCACAGCGCUCAAAGAAUAUAUUGAUGACAGAGAGAACUUCAUCAACAUUCAACUUAAUAAUGUUCGAAAUCAGCUUAUUCAAUUGGACUUGCUGCUCACAACUUCAUCAUUUGUGAUGGCAAUCUUCGGUGCUGUGGCGGGAGUCUUUGGGAUGAAUUUCCCUAUAUCAUUGUAUCGUGAGCCUGCAGCAUUCAAAUGGGUCCUCACAAUCACUGGGGCAGUCGGACUCAGUAUCUUAUGUUCAGUUUUAUGGUUUUUCAGGCGCAGAAGAUUGAUGCUUUUGUAGCCAAAUGAUAAAUGGGAUACAAAUAUGGGGUUGAAGUUGGGGUUAUUUUGUAUAGAAA